AUGAGAGAAAAGGAUGCAUUUAUUGAUGACUUGAAACAACAAAUUUCAGAAAAGAUAAAGAAGGUAAAUAUUGAAUAUCCACCUGGGGUAAUUCGAAGAACUGCUCCUUCUAAUAAGGCAAAAGGAUCAGUGGUUGAAAUGUAUACCUCAGAACAAACGUACCAUAAUAAACUAAUAGAAUUAAUAGAAUAUUGCUUUGACCAUCCAAAUGUAUUUGGUCAUGACAUUGUGUAUGACUUGAAGACUAUUAUUCUCCAACAAACUGCUUUGUUGCAAAUCGCACAAAGAGCUUCUAAUGAUCGAAAUCCUGAUGCUCUCAAUACAUUGUUUAAAGUUUUUAUUAAGACUUUCAGUGGAAACAAAAUGUUGAAAAACCUCUACAUUAAGUACUCGAACAAAGAUAUUAUUAUUAAUAAAAUCAAAAAAAAUCUCCCAAAAAACCAACGAAUGGAAGCGCAAUCAUUGGCCACUGUUAUUUUACAAAGAUUACCAAGAUACAGAAUGUUGUUGGAUGCAAUUGGAAAGGCGGGUUAUAAAUGGUUUCCCCUCUGGAAACAAACAAACAGCAUCAUGACAGAAUUUCUUGCUGAUGUGAACAAUCAGUUAAGAGGUAUUAACAAUUUUUUAACUGUUUAA